AUGGCUACGAUUCAUGAACGGCUGGGUCACUUAUUGUAUCCACGGAUUCGACUGCUUGCUCGAGCCGGGCUGAUCCCAAGGGAGCUGGCAACUAUUGAACCCCUCAAAUGUCCUGGAUGUGCGUACGGCAAAGCGCACAGGAAACCGGUCAGGCACAAAGGGCAACGCAAGCAUCUGCAACAAGCCACCAGGCCCGGAGAGGUUGUGAGCAUGGACCAAUUGGAAAGUCCAACCAGCGGAUUUGUCCCGACUCAUCGUGGUAUCCCCACUACAAAACGAUACAUUGGUGCAACGAUCUUUGUUGAUCAUUAUUCUGAUUUUACAUACGUUCACCUGAUGACCCAAAUGAAUGCCAGAACCACAGUGGAAGCGAAGAAUGCUUUCGAACGCAUCGCCAAGUCCCAUGGAGUCAUCGUCGAGCAUUACCAUUCCGACAAGAAUGGAUUAUUCGACACCAAGUUGUUCCGCUCCACAGUUCAAGACUGCAAUCAAACUCUCUCCUUCUGUGGUCCAAAUGCCCACCACCAAAAUGGCAAGGCAGAAAAAAACGAAUCAAGGACUUGA